UGAUUAAUCAGUCAAAGUCCAACAUGCAGAAGUGAGUGGGUGAAAAGCAGCAGAACUGAUGGGUCAUGAGGAUGUAACUGUGUUUGAAGGCUCUCACACCCUCUACUCCAGGACAGAAUCAUGAAUAAACUGGAGGACAAGAAGGACCAGAUGAUACCAUGAAGAGAAGUUUACAGGCCCUCUAUUGCCAACUGUUAAGCUUCCUCCUGACCUUGGCGCUGACCGAAGCUCUGGCAUUUGCUGCCCAGGAACCAUCUUCCAGGAACUCUCUUCAGGUCCUGCCUCCCGGCACCAUGGUGACCCCACCGCUCAGCUCCACCAGUCGCUCCGCCCUGGCGGCCGCCCCCUCCAGCAUGACCUUGAGCCCCCGUCCUGAUGGGCCCUUCUCACAGGCUGAAGCCACCGUGGCAGCAGCAACACCCUAUCCAGAGGGAUACCCUCCUGCAAACACCGCCUCCACCACGAUGGCCACGGCAACCGUCCACCAUGCUGACGGCCCCCUGAGCACAGGGCCCCUUCCUGCGGCCACAGCCACAGCCACGGCCACCUCCCACCCAGAGGGCCGCCCCCUGGGAGAGGCUGGGCCCACCAUCCUGCUGACAAAGCCGCCUGCAGCCACCAGCCGCCCCAGCCCAGCACCCACCCGGGGGGCCACACGCAGGCCCCCCAGACCACCCGGCUCUGCCCGAAGAGGGGCUGGUGGUUCAUCCCGCCCCGUCCUGCCCGCACUUGGGGGCCCCUCGGGAAGAAAGGAAGGCCCGCGGGGCAGGAAUCAGAGCUCCGCACACCUGGGGCAGAAGCACCAGGGGGUGAGAGCCUCUCAGGUCCUCAGAGGCAACGCCACAGGGUCCGCAGAGCCCGAGCCCUCCACCCUCGCCCCCUGGAAUUCCUCCUCGUCGCCACAGCCCCAGAUGGUGGCCGCAGCCACGGUGCCCAGCAGGACCACAUGGGCACCAGGCACCACCCCCUUGGUGCGCACGGAAGGCAAGCCGGGCCUUAGAGCAGACCAGGGGGGUGGUCCGACCCUCACCAGCCCAGGAGGGCAGCCAGACUCCGCCACAGCCUCAGGCGCCCCCGCCAGCCCAAAACCUGCCCCAGUGCCUUCUCCGCGCCCUCGCGGUGACCCCCACGACAGCUCCAGCCACAGUGACUCCUGGCUCCCUGUCACCCCUGGGACCGGCAGGCCUCUGUCCGCCAGCUCAGGGGGCUCCACGGCGGCCCCGGGGCCCCCCCAGGCUGCCUUCGAUGCCAGCGUCUCCGCCCCUCCCGAGGGGCUUCCUCAGGGAACAUCCUCAGCGACACCCUCAGCCCCGCGGGCCCCCGCUCACCCCCCCGGAGCCUCAGAAAGCACUGUCCCCCAAGCCGAGGAGGAGGCUGUGGCCGCCCCGAGCAUGAUUGCCCGGCUGCCCCGUCCUCUGUCCACAGUGGUGUCCACGGCCACAGGGAACUUCCUCAACCGCCUGGUCCCUGCGGGGACCUGGAAGCCUGGCCCCGCCGGGAACAUCUCCCACGUGGCCGAAGGGGACUCCCCCCAGCACAGAGCCACCAUCUGCCUGAGCAAGAUGGACAUUGCCUGGGUGGUCCUGGCCAUCAGCGUGCCCAUCUCCUCCUGCUCGGUCUUGCUGACAGUGUGCUGCCUGAGGAGGAAGAAGAAGGCGGCCAACCCGGAGAACAACCUGAGCUACUGGAACAACGCCAUCACCAUGGACUACUUCAACAAGCACGCCGUGGAGCUGCCCAGGGAGAUCCAGUCCCUCACCACCUCUGAGGACCAGCUCUCCGAGCCGCGCUCCCCAGCCAACGGCGACUACAGAGACACGGGAAUGGUCCUCGUGAACCCCUUCUGCCAAGAAACCCUGUUUGUGGGGAACGAUCAGGUAUCCGAGAUCUGACUGCAGCCGCCCUCGCUUCGCCAUGCCCUGCCUUGGGGCUCUAAAUCAUAAAUCUACAAAUAUAUAUUAUAAAUAUAAUCUUUGUGUAACCCUGACUUAAGGAGAAACAUUUUCAGCUUUUUCUUUCCUAAGAAUUGUCAACAUCUUUUUUAUAAGUGUGGUUUAAAAAAAAAAAACUUUACAGAACGACCGUGGCUUUAUAAAAUAAAGGUCUUUCUAAGCAAA